AUGCGUUACCGGCGCAUGCGAGCCGCCCUCAUCAUCCUGCGGGCCUACCGGCGCUUCAAAGUCAAGUCUUACAUCAAAGACGUCAACCGCAAAUUCAAAAACGUGCGCUCCAUGAAGGACCACGGCAAGCACAUCAAGUGGCCCACGCCGCCCAAAGUACUGCGGAGGUUUGAAGAGGCGCUGCGGAGCUUCUACAACAGGUGAACAAACGGGAAAUCACCCGCGCGCACACACACAGGGUUGUAAUAUGACUUGUCCCACCUCUGUUCAGACAGAACAUCAACCCUUGAACACAAUGCACUGUAAGCCCUUCCAUCGGUAUAUGAUCAGUGUAGUAACAAUUCUGAGGAGUGCCAUAGCCAGCGGUGUUGUUUUAAACUCCAACUGGUUUCCUUUGAAGGUUCUUACCCAUGUUUCCUCCAGCCUCAGCUCUGUGGUGGACAUUGAUUUUCCCCCAUCAAAGCCUCAUACAAUACUUUCAUCCAGAGAAAGUUCAAUUCCACACUUCAUGCUUUGAAAGUACAGUUUCAAGGCAGGAUGUUUCUUGUCAGAGAGAGUGCAGCCCCCCAAGAAAUCACUGUUCUACAGUAUCAUCAAGUCAGAAAUAGCCAAUCCAGUUAUCAAGGCUAUAGAUUCUACAGUAUCAGAGUCGAUAUCUUGGCUCCAUUGCUAUUCCUGACGGUGUUUCUUGUUGCUUUAGGUGGUGGGUAUGGAUGCUGAUCAAAGACCUGACUCCAGAGGAGAAGCUGCAGAUCAGGGCCAAGGGGGAUACCCUGGAGGCCCUCAAGGGCCAGAGACCUGACCUGGGGCUGCAGAGGACCUGGGAGGGCAACUACCUGGUGAGUUGGACUGGCAGGGAGGGGUUCUGACACUGUAGCUCUGAGCUCCUCAAAGGAGGAGUUUAGCGGUUGAUGUGUGUGUUGUUGUUUUUUAUUUGAAGGUAGUUGUAAAUGUGUGUGUGUGUGUGUUUUUGGGGUGUAGUGGUGUACGGGUGACCGUGUGUGUGUUUGCGUGCAUUGUUGAACUAAAAUACAACAGAAAGCGCUUUGUCUUUGUAGAGUUGAUCUUCAUGACAGUCUUUGUCUUUGUGUGUGUGUGUGUGUGUUCAGAAGCGAGACAGUCCUGACACAGCGUCCUCCUUCACCUUGGUGUCCAGUGAGCUGCAGCGUAAGGACAAGUUCAUGAGAGUUCUCUUCUCCUGCAACGUGCGCAAGGUACGUAUAUGCAGAUGCAGACGCACACACACACACACAAUAGAGAAUACAAUCACAUCUGUUACACAACACACACUCUCUCACCUAACUGUCUCUGAGUUUAGCCAACUCCCAGUGGUGUGUGUUGGCUGUGUGUGUGGGACUCCUGUGGGGUGACUGAUGAGGAUCUUUGUGUUUCGCAGAUCAACCGUUUCCACAAGGCAGAGGACCGGGCCGUCCUCAUCACAGACCGCCACCUGUACAAGAUGGACCCCCUGAAGCAGUACAAGCCCAUGAAGAGCAUCCCCCUCUACAAUGUAGGAUCAUCUCCCCUGUGUUGUUAA